AUGAUUCGUCAACUCAUCGUCGCGAUUCUCGUCGUUGGCCUUCUGACAAUCAGCGCCCAUUCAUUCUAUAUCGCGCAAGACGGCGGCGACGACGUGUGGAAGGUGCCGCAGCAGGACGUCCUCGAGAACAUCGUCAGCGAGAUGAUGAGCGUUCAGAGCGUCGGACCGCAUCAAGUUCGACGCCAGAUAUUUUCGCGCAAAUUUUGGUGA